GAGGGCUAGAGCGACCGCCUGAGGCUUGUGGGAUACGGGUGGAGCUUGGACGAGGAAGUUUCCCCCACCAUCCUGGGCCUGGCUGCGGACGGCGGUGCUUGAGAAGGACCGAGAGGCUCUGAAAUUUGCAGCGCGAAGAAGAUGUCUCAGUCUGGCGAAAAAGUAAAGCUUUCUUUUCUUGGUUUCCUCUCUCCCCAGUUUUCUGACUCUGCAGGAUAUGUCGGCUUUGCCAAUCUCCCCAACCAAGUCCACAGGAAGUCUGUCAAGAAAGGUUUUGAGUUCACCCUAAUGGUGGUUGGUGAAUCUGGCUUGGGAAAAUCCACUUUAAUUAACAGUUUGUUCCUGACCGAUCUCUAUCCUGAACGUUACAUUCCUGGAGCUGCAGAAAAAAUAGAGAGAACUGUCCAGAUUGAAGCUUCCACCGUGGAAAUAGAGGAGCGAGGGGUGAAGCUCCGUCUUACGGUAGUAGACACUCCAGGAUAUGGAGAUGCCAUUAAUAGCCAAGACUGUUUCAAGACAAUAAUCCACUACAUUGACAAUCAGUUUGAAAGGUACCUUCACGACGAGAGUGGCCUCAACAGGCGUCAUAUAGUAGACAACAGAGUCCAUUGCUGUUUUUACUUCAUAUCUCCCUUUGGGCAUGGGCUCAAACCCUUGGAUGUAGAGUUCAUGAAAGCGCUCCAUGGGAAAGUCAAUAUUGUCCCUGUGAUCGCUAAGGCAGACACUUUGACACUGAAGGAGAGAGAGAGACUGAAGAGAAGGGUUUUAGAUGAGAUUUCUGAGCAUGGCAUAAGAAUUUAUCAGUUACCUGAUGCAGACUCAGACGAGGAUGAAGAGUUCAAAGAACAGACCAGGGUUCUGAAGGCUAGCAUUCCUUUUGCUGUGAUUGGGUCCAACCAACUUAUUGAAGUGAAAGGAAAGAAGAUCAGAGGUCGCCUGUAUCCUUGGGGAGUGGUGGAAGUCGAGAAUCCGGAGCACAAUGACUUCUUGAAGUUACGCACCAUGCUGGUGACACACAUGCAGGAUCUUCAAGAAGUGACCCAAGAUUUACACUACGAAAACUUCCGGUCAGAGAGACUAAAGCGCACUGGCAAGCCUGUUGAAGAAGAAGUUGUGGACAAAGAUAGGAUGCUUCAGCAGAAGGAGGCUGAGUUGCGUCGCAUGCAGGAGAUGAUUGCGCAGAUGCAAGCACAGAUGAGGCUGAAGCCUGGCGACGAAUAAGGCCACUCACCAGGCUGCUGACGAGAUUACCCGAUGCUCUUAAAAUGGCUCAGUGCUUUAUUUGAAUCUGAACGAGGACACUAGUGAAACGCCAAUGGAUUGCGCAUGGAUGCAGAGCAGGAUGCAACAAGGAACAGCCACAAGUCUUGAAGAUUAUAUUGGAAAGCAGCCUCUUCCUCCCCCUCCCCCCAAAUAUGUACCUCUCCUUAAUCAUGUUCCUUAUGUCACCCUGUUGGUAAUAAUGUGCUCAUGCUUAUAAUGUGGGACCUGUUUUCCUUCUCUCUGUCUCUUUUUUUAACCCAAAAGCUAAUAUACCAUGCUAUAUGUAGUUGGCUUUGACAGUAGGUUGAUGGUUUGUUUUUUUUAAGCUAGGAUAACUUGAUAACUUUUUUGUACCUUUCUUACUUAAAGACUCGGUGAACUGUUUGCCAUAAAUGUCUCUGAUUUGCACCCUGUCCUAGCUAUGUUUCCGUUAGACAUUGUAGAACCAUUAUGUAGCUUGUUGCCAGUUUGGAAUGGGCUUCUCUCAUUGCUUGUUAACAUUAAAAAAAAGUCUGUCUCUGUAAGCCAGCCUUCACCAACGUAGCCCGCUCCAGCUGUUUUCGACUGUGACUCCUAUCAUGAUGUCCGAAACAUCUGAAGCAGGCUAGGUUGGUGAAGGCUGCUGUGACCUGCACUUUGGCUCUCUGGGGUAGAAUUCUCUUUGGUGCUUCCUUUUUUAUUUUUUUAAAAGAAAUAAAUGGUACAGAACACUAAAGUUACAUCAUAUCAGUGAUGGGAGAGGAUUGGACAUUACCCACGAUGCCUUAAAAUCAUGAAAGUGUCUUAACAUGCCAAAUAUUCCCGGAGGCCUCGUGAAAGAUCCGUUUUGAAUAUUCAAGUAUUGACGAGCAACCUUUUCUAUUGGAGCGUUUUUUCGUUUUUUUCCUCGGUUGAAAAAACAAUGGUAUGUUUGCAGUCAUUUUAUAUGUAUCAUGACACUAAACGUCCCUUACAAUUUUGUAAUAAAUGGAAUAGACAUGAU